UUAAGGGCCGCGCGCGCCGCUGCCUCGCUCUGGGGCCGGUACCUGCGCGCCCGCGCCCCGCAUUCCCAGCUCCGCGCCCCGCGCGCGUCCAAGCGUUGGGAGCUUGUCCUCCGCCGCGGUCAUGUCCACCGGCCGGCCCCGGCAGCCCCGCGCGGUCCAGGUCCCCGCGCCCACGGUGGGCCGGCGCGCUGGGCCAUGAUCCGGCUGGGCAGCUGGUGCGCGCUGCGGCCCCGUGGCGCGGCGGUUCCCGCGGGGCGGCGCGGGGCGGCGGGCAGGCCGGGCCUGGCGGGCGGCCGCGCCCUGCGGGUGCUGGUGGACAUGGAUGGCGUGCUGGCCGACUUCGAGGGCGGAUUCCUCAGGAAGUUCCGCGCGCGCUUCCCCGACCAGCCCUUCAUCGCGCUGGAGGACCGGCGCGGCUUCUGGGUGUCGGAGCAGUACGGCAGCCUGCGGCCAGGGCUGAGCGAGAAGGCCAUCAGCAUUUGGGAGUCAAAGAAUUUCUUUUUUGAACUUGAGCCUCUGCCAGGGGCCGUGGAAGCUGUGAAGCAGAUGGCCAAUCUACAAAACACUGACGUCUUCAUCUGCACAAGCCCCAUCAAGAUGUUCAAGUACUGUCCCUAUGAGAAGGUAAGGCAUGCAUCUGCUCAGCUGGACCUUACCCGUGUUCAAACAGGCGCGGGGUGUGGGACCCAGCCUGCCUGUGGAAAGGGGAUGGACCCUCGCAGCACUCCCCCACCCCUGUGACAGUGGCUCCCACUCCCCAAGGCCCUCUCCUGCCCCAGCCUGAGGCUCUAGUUGGGGACUCAUU